AUGCACCAUCUCCCUCUCCUUUUCUCUCUCCCCUUCGCUGCUCUCGCGGCUGCCGACCCCCUCCAUAUUCCACUUGUCCGCAGGUCGACGUCUAAGGAUGCCUCGUUGGAGCGCUUCGCGAUUGCUGCGGACAACAUCCGCCUCAAGUAUAACUUCCCACCGGUCUCCAGACAUCAUAAGAGGGCGUCCUCCGUGGGCAUGUCGCUCGUAAACCAAGAUUAUGAUUCGUCCUACCUUGGGAUGGUAUCGGUGGGCACUCCCCCUCAAAACUUCCCAGUCGUAAUGGACACGGGUUCUUCAGACCUCUGGGUUGCCUCAACUUCAUGUACUGGAUGCCCGGGUGAUACCCCAGAAUUCAACCCAACAGCGUCUUCCUCGCUCAAAAACAUGACGGAUGUUAUUGGAGACCAGGCUGUUGUGGAGAUCUCGUAUGGCAGUGGCUCUGUUAGAGGCGAUCUGGUGUCGGAUACCGUUAGUAUGGCUGGCCUUAACGUCAACCCGCAGACGUUCCUUGUCGGUACCCAGGUUUCGUCAGGCCUCCUUUCAGGAAAUGUCACGGGCAUUAUGGGUCUCGCCUUCGAAGCGCUUGCUUCGACGGAUGCGCUGCCGUUCUGGCAGGCUCUGAUCAAGAAUAACGAGCUUUCCAGCCCCGAGAUGUCGUUUUACCUGACGCGAUUUGACGACGAUGCGAACGCAACGGCAGAGGAGCCUGGAGGUGUUUUCACCUUGGGCGGUACGAAUAGCUCGCUUUUCACUGGCGAUAUCGAGUUCCUCAACAUCACGGACAGCUCUUCGCCGACGUUCUGGUUGCUCACCGUGUCAAGUAUAACCGUGCAGGGGCAGUCAAUUGACAUAGCCACGGGAAGUGCAGCGUCUGCAGCGAUCGACACUGGGACCACAUUGAUCGGCGCGCCACAAGACGCUGUCCAGAGCAUAUUUGCCGCUAUCCCCAAUUCACAGGCGCUGAGCGGGCAGUACGACGGCUUCUACUCCUUCCCGUGCUCGACCACUGUCAACGUAACCCUUUCAUUCGGUGGGAAGUCAUGGCCAAUCAACCCAAAUGACAUGAAUCUCGGACAAGUCCAGGGUAACCAGUGUUUAGGUGGGAUUUUUGUCUUGGACAUUGGCUCGGCCGUCUCGAGUGGGGACGGAAACCCAAAUUGGGUCGUUGGCGAUACUUUCUUGAAAAAUGUCUACAGCGUCUUCCGUUCGAGCCCCGCGUCUGUAGGCUUUGCCCAGCUCUCUGGUUCCGCAAGCAGUAACUCAAGCGGCGCUGGCUCAGUUGGCACGGCCAGUAUUACAGGAAAUGGUGUUCCAACACCGACCGGCAGUGGCUCAAGUUCUACGACUACAUCAACGAGAUCAUCUGCCACGUCGUUCGCGAACGCAAGCGUGCUUUCGCUGAGCGUCUUCGUCUCAUUGACGGCGUCCGCUCUCUCAGGUUGGUUGGUUCUCGCAUGA